UAAGUGUGGAGCCACGAUGUCGCAUCUUGGAGUCUCAUUUUAUGUGAUUGCUAUUUUUAUUCUUGGAGUCUCUGACAAAGCUCUAACAGCAGUGAUCCAAACACAGCAGACUGUGCUGGCAGCAGUGGGAGAAGAUGCUGAAUUCAGCUGUCAGCUCUUGGACACUAAAGACGUCCUUCAGGUCACAUGGCAGAAAAUCUCACAUGAUGUGGAGACAAAUGUUGCCACCUACAGCAAGUACUAUGGUCAGAGAGUGAAUGAUGGCUUUAAAGAGAAAGUUGAGUUUAAAUACACUGGACUACACAACUGCUCCAUAGUCAUCAGGAAUGUGACGGUGCAGGAUGAAGGCUGCUAUCACUGUCUGUUUAACACUUAUCCUGACGGCUCUCUGCCAGGGAAACCCUGCCUCCGAGUUUAUGAGCUGCAUGAACCUGUUGUUGAUGUCAGAGAGUCAAACUCUACUGAAGAGUGGGUUGUUUCCUGUUCAGCCACUGGUCGACCUGCUCCCACUGUAACACUCAGUGUCUCACAACAACACCUCAGCUUCUCACAGUACAACACUGUCAGUGUGUCCAACACCAACGCUACAUUCACUGUCACCACUACAGCUGUGCUCUCAGGUUCACGUAAACACAGCACACAGGUGGGAUGUGCAGCACGAGUGCUCUCUGCUCCUCACAGAGAGGUGAUGGUGACGAUUCCUGAUGAUGAUGAUGAUGAUGGUGAUGGUUUGGAUAAGAAGUCAGGAUCUAAUCAGAGAAAUUUAGGAAUCAGGAUUUCAGUCAUUCUGUCGUCUGUGGUGUUGGUGCUCUGUGUCGCUGCACUCCUCUUUGUGGCUUAUAUGAAAAAGAAAUCUCAUAGCAGGAAAUCCUCUUAAACACUUCCGAUUCCCCUCAUAAAUGUUUGUGCAGCUUCAUAAAUCUUUCAGUCUGUCGCACACACAGUUCAAGAUGAACGAAACACCUGAAACCUUAAGCCAGACACACUCAGGUUUAUUGGUUAUUUAUCAUCCUGUCAUUUUGUGCUUGGAAAUUUUUGUCAUCCUUUUUCACUCUGUUAUGUUGUCACAUUUCAAAUCUUCCAACUUGCUUCUAGAGCUCCCCUCCCCCCCCCCUCCAAUCUGAUGUGUACUACACCUCAGUAGACUCUGCUGCAUUUGUCUUUGUUCUGUCUAAGCUAAUCUGCUCAGAAUGCUUUGAUUUUGCACUAUUAACAGACAACUGCUGCAGUGUUUUUUAUUAUUUUUUCUGGGACUGAAACACCUCCACUGAAACACGAUGAUAAUGACCUCAGAUAAUGGACUCCUAGGAGACACCAACCACGAUGAUCCAGCUAGACUCAAUUCUGAGUCUAUCUCCACCUGUCCUCAUUUUUUCCAGGUCCUGGAGUCCCUGAAAUAUGGAGAGCAUAGUUACUGAAUUGCUUCCAGCAGCCCUGCCAGCCUCCCUGGCACAGCCCCUCCUUUGCAGCGGAGCCACAGACCACACUCUGCCACAGUCCUGUAUGUCUCUCAAGAGUUUCUGGUAAAGGAUUUGUGAAGACCUGUCCACAUGGUUUAGUUGCUGCAUUGCAACCUCAAACAAACUAUGUAUUUUAGGUGACAUAAAUGAAUUAGAAAUGGAAGCAACUACAUUGCACACAGUUCUUACUGCAUUAUCCAUCGCAAAGAAAACUGUCCUCAUGAACUGAAAGUUCAAAAAUAAUUUACGUGUUACUCAAUAUAAAAUGUACUUCUACAUCACGUCUGGAAAGAAUCUCGGCCUCUUCUAAAAACCUGGGUGAACUGGAUUCUCUCUGGGCCUCACUGAUCAGUUCCUUUAGUUAUUGGUGGUGGUCGCUGUGGUCUGUCUUCUUGAAUGCCUUCUGGGCCUUAACUCUGGGUGAGCCUGGGGUCCCACCCUUGGCUCACUCUGGGGUGGCCGGCCUCUGGCAGGGUCGGCUGGUUGUUGCCUCUGGUCUUCUAAGGCCUUAGCCCUUUGACCGCGAGGGCAUCUUGUUACAGAUGCAGCAGUUG